AUGUCGUACCGACGAGUAGACGCAUCAGACCCACGCCGGCCAGAGCAGAUGCGACCCUUGGUGCUGCCAAAGUCGUGGAAUCCCGACGAUCUCGAUGUCUAUGCCUCUUUCUUGGGCAGUGUCUCGAUGAUGUCCGGUGCAGCAAUGCUCACUCGUGCGCCUUACAUUGCCUAUGCCGGUUUGGUAUUUGCCUGCGCCCACAUCGCACACGACAAGCCAUUUAAGUCGAACAGAACAAAGGAAGUGUCGACGGGUGGCCCUUGGAUGUCGCUUUUAUUUUCAUUCCUAGCUCUUCUUGCGUUGAUUCUGCCAAAGCUCUCGAAGGAUGACCCUCUCGGGCUCACACGACAGCCACGCUAA